AUGAGAGAUCGGCCUGUCAUCAGCAUCGAAAAUUACACUAUAUACUGCGGCGAUGCUGAUGAGAACAAAGUAGGUGGCUGCGCGAUAUGCGCCUUUCUACGACUGCGGGAUCGCGGAGGACGUAAACUCUGGAUCGUAAGUGCUCACGCGCUUACGGAAACCGCUGAGGACAACAGUAAGGACGCCUUCUAUGAUGAACUCAAUGCGUUGAUGUCUAAAAUACCAAGCCAGCAGGUGGUCAUUGUCGGAAUCGACGCAAAUGCGAAGAUGGGACUCGAACAGCAAUCCGAUGUGCUAGGAAAGUGGUACUAUGCAGCGGAGCGCGCGUCGGACAACGAUGACCGUCUGGUCGACUUGAGACGAGCCUCAUCAUCGCUUCCACGUUUAAGAGGAAUCAUCGACGCCAUCAGCUCACGUGGCAGGGGUCAACCCUUUUAA